AGGAUGGAGAGCCCGGAGGACAAAUCCCUCUGGCAGACCCUGGUGGGAGAGGCCGUUUUGAAGGGCUCCACGGCGCAGGAAGGCAGCGGGGAGGAAAAGGGCCGGAGAUCCCCCCGCAGGCGGGGCUCCAAAGCCAGCCCAGGGUGCUCUGAGGAGGAAAGACCCAGGCUGUGCCGGGAAGGCGGCCAGAGCUUGAGGCAGAGCUCUGACUUGUUGGUCCCUGAGCAGCCUCCCAGCAAGGAGAAGCCCUUCAAAUGCUUGGAAUGUGGGAAGAGCUUCAGGCAGAGCUCCCACCUGAUCCGACACCAGCAGAUCCACACUGGGGAACGGCCCUACACAUGUGGGGAGGAACGUCCCUACACGUGUUGGGAAUGUGGGAAGAGCUUCACGCGCAGCUCCACCCUGAUCCAACACCAGCACAUCCACACUGGGGAACAUCCCUACAUGUGUAGGGAAUGUGGGAAGAGCUUCAGCCAGAGCUCCAGUCUCCGCACCCACCAGCGCAUCCACACUGGGGAACAGCCCUACAAGUGUUCGCAAUGUGGGAAGAGCUUCAGUGACGGCUCCACCCUCCGCAAACACCAGCGCAUCCACAGUGGGGAACGGCCUUACACGUGUGGGGAGUGUGGGAAGAGCUUCCACCUGAGGUCCAACCUCCGCACCCACCAGCUCAUCCACACUGGGGAACGGUCCUACAAGUGCUUGCAGUGUGGGAAGAGUUUUCAGACCAGCUCACAUCUCCUCAGGCAUGAGCAGACACACACGGAUGAGAGGCCCUUCCGCUGCACCGACUGCAGGAAGGGCUUCAAGCGGAACUCCACCCUCGUCAGGCACUGCUGCAUCCACACCGGGGAGAGGCCCUACAAGUGUGGGGAGUGUGGGAAGAGCUUCGCCCGCAGCUCUUACUUGACCUCACACCAACGGACCCACCAGUAA